CAGACACCGUACGCUUACGGUCCGAUUUUUCCAAUACGAUAUCCAAUUCCCAAUUCCCUUCUCCAAAUAAACCAUUCCCACUUCAUUUCUGUGGUCAAAUCUCAGAUCCAGCCAGCCGCCGGCGUGUCGCCGUUUGUUGUUAGAUAUGGCUGCUUCCUACUUGCAAUCCGUGAGUUAUUGCUCCCGGGCGGCGCUGAGGCCUUUGCCUUUGUUGGCCAGCUCUGUUUGCCGCCGACACUUAGAUCGCUAUCCCAGCGGCAAUACCACAAAGCUCAACAUAUGCUCCGCCGCUGCUCUUUCUUUCAGACCACCUGCUUCUACUGCCCCAAGGAUGGCCUCCAUCAGAUGUUUCUCAGCUUUAACUCCCGCAUUGAAGACUACACUGGAUAAAGUUGUUGGCUCAAACAAGGUUGUUGUGUUCAUCAAAGGAACCAAGGAUUUCCCCCAAUGUGGAUUUUCAAACACUGUUGUACAGAUUCUAAAAUCCUUAAAUGUGCCCUUUGAAACCAUAAAUGUUCUGGAAAAUGAAUUGUUGCGUCAGGGAUUGAAGGAGUAUUCAAACUGGCCCACUUUUCCACAAGUGUACCUUGAUGGCGAGUUUUUUGGUGGCUGUGACAUUAUUGUGGAUGCAUAUAAAAGCGGAGAAUUGCAGGAAAUACUGGAGAAGGCUUUGUGUUCCUGAGCCUGCCUCAGCUUUUAAUUGGUAUGACUGAAAUACUCCACUUCGUAUUCCUGUCAUAGUAAUAAUCAUAACAAUACUGCCUUUUUAAAUAAAUUAAUUUUGAAUUUUGGUUUAAACUGUCGGUUGGAUGUAAUAUUUUGUGAUAAAAAAAAAUGGUGUAUUUUUUUACAGGUAUUUGUGUGGAUGGUAAAAAAGAUAUAUAAAAACUGUAUAUUAUUAUUA